AUGCCUAUAUUGGCCACAACGAGAUCCGGUAAAAACAAAGAUCCGGAAAAGGAAAAUAAAAAUCAAAAAGUUAAAGCGUCAAAGCGUGUUUCAAAGAAAACGGAAAGUGGGAAAGAGCUAAAAGAAAGCAACACCGAAGUAAGAAAGACCAGAAAGUCAAAACAAAAAAGCAAGGAAGCCAUGGUUAAUGAGGAGGAGCCACAAACUGUCAACACAGAUAAUCCUGAAAAUGGAAAUCAACACGUUGAAAAUACCAACAACGAAGACAAUCAAAACCAAGAUCAAUUAGGUGGUACUGAGGAGAAACGUAAAGCUAAUGAAGAGUCUCCCAUGGAUAUAUCGGCUGGAGAUGAUUUAGAAGCAAAUAAAGAUAUAAGUCCACCUAAAAAACAAAAAUUAGAUAAUGAAAAAAAUGAGGAAGUGUCAGAGCCAUCAGAUGAAAAAUCAAAGUCGUCAGAAGCUCUUAUUUCGUCCAAUGCAAAAAUCAAAACAGAACCUAAAAAUUCCUCAACUGGUUUCUCAUUAAAGGCUCAUGGAACCAAAGCCAACGAUGAAGAAGAAGCCGGUAAUGAUAUGCCAGAACAGUUACUAACCGUAAUUUCCAAUCUGUAUCUUAAUGUUGGUAAACGUUUGCGACUUGAUUUUCAUCCAAGAUGUCUGGACGAUUUGACCUAUUGUCAUCGUCAUCAUUAUCAUUCUGAUUUGCCGGAAGCGCCAAUACAAUCUCAAGCACGUAGUUUGCGUAGUGCUCUAGAUAAUUACCGCUAUGUAUCCUUUAUAAAUUCCACAACUGAUAUGGUACAUCGUGGAGAGUUUCCUGGCAAGGGCAUAUUUAUGAAAAUUAUGGAGCUAGUACUGAGCAUUAACUAUAGCACCAAACAUCAGAAUAUUGUAACCUUCCAACAAUCGUAUCACAAAGCUGUUGAACUAUUCUCCAUGAUUGUACGCACAUUCCCUCCGUGUUGGCAUAAAUUACGUACCUUUUACGUGGGAUUUUUGGAAUACGGACUGGAUCAAUCCAAACUGGGAAAUGUUAAAAAAGAUGAACCUCUUUCAAAAUCAAACAAAAUAUUUGAUAUAAUUUUGGAUUUGCUGGAGGAUAUCCUAAAAACGGCUGAGCCGGAUGAAUUAAAUGCAAGUAAAAGUGAUUCCUUAAAAAAACCAACAACUGUAUCAAGUGCAGCUUCACAUCUAACAUCGCCACAAAAUUCUAUGGAUUUAAGUGUUUGCAAUGACAUAUGGAAUCAAAAUGAUUACGAAGAAAGAGAACGACAGAAACAAACAUAUACGGCCUUACCAAUGGACCAGAAAAUAGAGCGCAUAUUCAUGUGCCUGAGACUGUUGUUGGAAAUCUUGGAAUAUGAUAUGGCAAUGUGGAUAUUGCAUCAUUUUAAGAAAACCAAAGAAUGGAUAUUUUGUAAUGAUAAUCGUCCGUUAAUCGUGGUCUUGUGUGAGCUAACCCAGUACACCAGAAUGACACGUGUGGCAAGAAGAAUAUUUAGUGUUUAUAGUGAGAGUGCCAAUAAAGGACUGUGUAAAGAACGCCUACAAGUGUUGGAGCGUUACAUUUCCUUGCUAAUGGUUGCCAGUAAUACAGCUGAUAUGGAAAACACUGCCAUAGGAGUCAAAUAUCCCUAUCUUGGAGAACAAACCAAGAAUUUGAUUAAAGAAUUUUUCAAAAUAUUCAAAGUUCACAAUCGCGAAGAAAUAUCAAAAUAUAUGGAAACCAUACAUCUUCUACGCAUUCCCUAUGUUCGUUACGAGUUCAUUGAUAAUGUUCUCUUUACCAAUACCGAACCAUUAACGCCACAAAAGAUUGCCGUUGAUAUUGCCAAAAAACGUUGGCUGAAAUAUAAACCCCAAAGUGAACUCUCCAAACCAGAUGAGGACAUAUCACGUGAACAAUAUCUACAUUUGCUUUUGGAUGCUUUACGUGAAUACUGUGAAUGGCAUGGCACCAAAACUUUCCUACAUAUCAUCACCGAUUACGAUAAGAUUUCUCCCCUAACUACCACAAAUGAUUCGGUACACCGCUAUCCCACCAAUGGCAAUGGGGUAUUAGUAUUGAAGAAAAUUGCAAAAGAUAUUAAAAAGCUGGAAAGUCAAUUGAGAAUGACAGUGCGUAUGUCAAAGCCAAAAGUGAAUAUUUCACAGGCUGAUAUUUGUAUUGAUGAGGCUAUCAUUGUUAAAUAUCGCAAUGAUUUGAAAUACAUCAUAAGUUUGCAAAAUGUGGUGCUUAAACAAAAGGAAACAUAUCCUGAGGUUGAUUUUAGUGAAUGGCUUGAUUACCUAAGUAGUUUUCCAGCUAAGAAAUUAAUCAAAGAGGAAGAAGUACAAUAGGUGGUU